AUGAGACCCGCCCCGCGCGCCUAUAAAAACGAGCCCGAGCCGCUGCGCAACUCACCUCGAUUCUAUACUCAGGCAAAACCACCAGUUAGAAACAUGGCCCGAACCAAGCAAACCGCCCGAAAGUCGACCGGAGGAAAGGCUCCACGAAAGCAGCUCGCCACCAAGGCCGCUCGAAAGUCCGCCCCAGCCACCGGCGGCGUUAAGAAGCCCCACCGAUACCGACCUGGAACCGUCGCUCUCCGAGAGAUCCGACGAUACCAGAAAUCGACCGAGCUUCUCAUCCGAAAGCUUCCCUUCCAGCGACUCGUCCGAGAAAUCGCCCAGGACUUCAAGACCGAUCUUCGAUUCCAGUCCUCCGCCGUCAUGGCCCUCCAGGAAGCCUCUGAGGCUUACCUCGUCGGUCUCUUCGAAGACACCAACUUGUGCGCCAUCCACGCCAAGCGAGUCACCAUCAUGCCCAAGGACAUCCAGCUCGCUCGACGAAUCCGAGGAGAACGUGCUUAA